ACGUCUUAACCUCACUCCUCCUCACACUCACACACACUCACUCAGUCUUCGCCCAAAAAAAAAAAAAGAAGAUGAGGUUGCCCUGCAACACUUCACCCCCACUCUUCCCAAUCCCAAUCCCACAAUCUCCCACCUCUAAUCCUCCAUUCAUCCCCAAUUGGACCAAAAAAGCCCUAAUUGGAGCCCUCUCCUUCGGCCUUCUCAUCUCCUCCCCUUCUUCCCUCGCGCUCCAUUCCCCAUCUUCCCUUCAAUUCCCGCCGGAGUACUGCCGAGAACAAGAUUCCGAAGAUAGGGCCGAGACCGGCUCCGAUUCGGGCUUCACCAACGAGGGAGUUGUGGAGGAAGCUUGGGAAAUCGUCAACGACAGUUUUCUCGACGCCGGUCGCCGCCGUUGGUCGCCGGAAACUUGGCAGCGGAAGAAGGAGGACAUAAGGAGUACUUCAAUUCAGACAAGAUCGAAGGCUCAUGAGAUUAUUAAGCGUAUGUUGGCCAGCUUGGGUGAUCCUUACACUCGCUUCCUUUCUCCAGAGCAGUUCUCCAAGAUGGCGAGGUAUGACUUGAGUGGUAUUGGAAUAAACAUCAGGGAAGUUCCAGAUGAAAAUGGUAGUGUGAAACUGAAGGUACUAGGGCUUGUAUUGGACGGUCCUGCCCAUUCUGCAGGUGUGAGACAGGGGGAUGAAGUAUUAUCCGUUAAUGGAAUGGAUGUGGCAGGAAAAUCAGCAUUUGAAGUGUUAUCUUUGUUACAGGGCCCUAAUGAAACAUCUGUUACCCUGAAGGUCAAGCAUGGGAAUUGUGGGCCCAUUCAAUCAAUAGAAGUUGAGAGACAAGUUGCUGCACGGACCCCUGUAUUUUACCGGUUUGAUAAAAUGGAAAACAGUGGCGCGUCAGUUGGGUACAUACGCUUAAAAGAGUUCAAUGCAUUGGCUAGAAAAGAUUUGGUUAUUGCUAUGAAACGACUCCAAGACAUGGGUGCAUCAUAUUUCAUUCUGGAUCUUAGAGAUAAUCUUGGAGGACUGGUGCAGGCUGGAAUAGAAAUUGCGAAACUCUUUCUGAAUGAAGGGGAUACCGUGAUUUAUACUGUUGGAAGGGAUCCUCAAUACCAACAAACUAUUGUUGCCGAUGCUGCACCACUAACGAAAGCUCCUCUAAUUGUUUUGGUGAAUAACAAUACUGCUAGUGCCAGUGAAAUUGUUGCUUCUGCUUUGCAUGAUAACUGUAGAGCUGUUCUUGUGGGCGAAAGGACAUUUGGCAAGGGUUUGAUACAAUCUGUAUUUGAACUUCAUGAUGGAUCUGGUGUAGUUGUCACAGUCGGGAAGUAUGUGACACCAAAUCAUAAGGACUUAAAUGGCAAUGGAAUUGAGCCCGAUUAUCAUAAUUUUCCAGCUUGGAGUGAUAUUGAACGACAACUUUCACGGUGCAAACAAGUUCAGAAAGGAUAGCUCAUCCUCACACACACAUGGAUUUAACUGAAUCCAUUUUAGCUACAAUAUUUGUCAUUAUUUCUACCUCAGCCCGGGUAAUUUCCUGCAUAGAAUCUGCUAGAAAGGUGCUGGAUAGGCCCAAAAGCUUAAUGCCAUUAAUUUGGAGGUGCAACUGGAUCAGGCUGCUCAGGGUUUCUUUGUGAGUUAAGUACAUAUACUGACCUAAGAAUGCUUCCGUACAAAAAUUAGACUGGCAAACAUUGAAGAACAGCACAAUCUUUUUUCUUUUUGGAAAAAAAAAAACCUUUUACCUCGUGUAAAUCACCUCAAAAGCAGAGUUAAAAGAAGAACCGCACACAAGUUUUUUUAUUGGAGAACAGCAUGUAGCGGGUUUUGCAUUCGACUCGGCAACCUAGCAUUAGAGAAUAUGAUCUGCUCCUGGAGAAAAUUAUAUCGUCCUCCUAAGUGUGUGCUUGGCGAUGAAAAUAUUGCCAUUUCACUUGGGUGCUUCCUAGAUGAAGCCCACACCCUGUAAUCUUGUGGAGACUCUUUAUUUCUUAAGACAAAGAUUGAAUCAUGAAUAAUUUUAUCCCAA